AAAUGAUAAUGUGCGAUUGCUCGAAUAGUUGCGUUGUUUUCUGCCAAAUGCUUUAUCCAAUAAAUUAUUUUAUUAAUGAAAAUUGAAUAUUUAUAAAACUAAACUGCUUUUAAAAGCAACAACUUAAGUUCCCUGGCUAACUGCACGCUAGAGAGGCAUUAUAUUGUGACUUCUCCCUGAAUGAACAGACCCAAACUAAGUGACCGGUAGAAUUUCCAAGAAAAUAAUGGAUGGCAUUAAUAUUUUAACAGUAGCUGGUAUUCUGCAUUGUUUUUUUUUCUUUUUUAAUACUAUUUUUACGACAUGCUCUCUAUAUCCAUAUCAUAUUUUUUUGAAGUUUACCGGCUUAGAAAUUCAGGUAUUUAGAGUAAAAUGGUUCACUACUUCAUUCAAUCGAUUAUUUAUCAAAUGGGGAAAAUGCAGAUCAAGGCUAUUAAAACUAUGGUUUAAUACAGGUGUUAUUGUCACAAUAAUUCUUUUUCCAAUGGCAUUGUUAAUAAUGUUACGAAUGUUAUUCAUGAAUGUAUUUAAAACCGAAAAAUCAGAAACUAGUGAAUGGGUUCUGACACCUGUGGUACCAGGUGUAAAUGUGCCAUUUGCUGAUAUAAAAUACUACGUAAUUACGUUGAUACUAUGUAGUCUUAUUCAUGAAUUUGGCCAUGCUUUAGCUGCAUCUCGGGAAGAUUUACAAGUAUAUGGUGUUGGAUUUUUGCUUGUAUUCAUUAUACCUAUUGCAUAUGUUUCACUAAAUAGUGAACAACUAAGUCAGUUGCCUACAAUGAAACAAUUAAGAAUUUUAUGUGCUGGUUUAUGGCAUAAUAUUAUUCUUGCUGUAAUAUCUUUUCUCAUUUUUUUUUCGAGUUCACUACUACUGGCGCCUUUAUAUUCUGUCGAUUCAGGAAUUAUUGUGAAGUCAAUUCAUCCAAAAUCACCUCUAUUAGGUUCAACAGGGUUGUAUGUCCACGAUAGUAUAUACAAAGUAAAUGAAUGCCAAGUCGAUAAUAUUAAUGAUUGGUAUUACUGCUUGCUGGAUACGAUAAAGCAUGUGACACCUGGAUAUUGUGUUGAUGAACUAAUUGUACAGGAGCAUGACAGAUCAAUACCCGAUUUGAAAAAACAAAAAAACGCAGCUAAUUGUUGUAAAACAGAUGAUGAAUCUCAUGGAUACUUAUGUUUUGAAUAUGUCGAAAAUUUAUCAAAACUUAUAUUAAAUUCGUGUUUACCAGCUAGAACGAUUAUUGAGAAAUCGUAUGAUCAAUGUCAAUCAAGUUUUUCAUGCUUAAAGCAAGAUACAUGUUGCGUAAGACCAGUUCUAGGUAAUAACAAGACAAAAGUUGUCCAAAUAAAACGAAGGAUUGGAAAAGAUAUACUAUAUAUUGGAGAUCCAGCUGAUAUUUACAAAACAGUAAUAGUAUCUAAUUGGGUGCCAAAAUUUAAAUUAAUAGGUUCAGAAUUACCAGAGUUUAUAACAACAUUAAGUAAAUAUAUCACAGUACUUUCUGCUGGCCAAGCAAUAAUCAAUGUGAUUCCGUGUUUUUGGUUUGAUGGACAAUAUAUUUUAAUUAUAUUCUUUCAUAAAUUGUUGGGAUCAAGAAGUCAUCCAAAAACACGGCAAACAUUAAGUUUCAUAAUAACGUGUAUAGGAACAUGUAUACUCCUUAUUAACUUGAUGUACGCAUUUAGAAAAAAAUUUUAAUUCCCAAUUAUGCAGUCAUGACAUGUAUGCUGAUAAUAUCAUUGACACAUAACAUACAUAGUAACUGAUGGAUAGACACAACAAUUUAUUUUUUUAUUUAUUUAUUUUUUAUUUACACAACGAGUACAGGUUUACUUUGAUAAAUUUAUAUUUUUUUUUAAUUCAUUCAUAGAAUUUUCACCAUGGAUUAUCAAUGAUUUUAUCAUCAACUGUAAAAAAAAAAAAAAAAAAAACCAAGUUAGUCAAGAAAAUCGGAGUUUGCGAGAGGAUUUUCACUCAUUCACAACUUGAACCUUCAUACUUCGUCCUUUAUAUGUUUAUUAUUGUUGAAGUCCGACUUAACCCAAUCAUGUAAAUAUUCUCGAUCUUGUUGAGAUGAAACUUGUUUUAUAGUACGCAAAAUGUUACGGUAUAGUUGCAAUACUUCCUUACGCAGCAUAAACUGAAAAAUAAAAGAAAAAUUACGAGAUA